AUGCCAGUCUGUAAACAAGACGAAACCCUUAGGGCCUUAGCCCUCCUGGAAGACUACCACGCAAAACUCUCCACUGUACCCGGCAAUGAUCUGCAAGUCGUCAUGCAGCUAGUGAUCAGCGUCUUUAAGUCCAGGCUGUUUCAGGCACUCGUCGAUAUACAAGAAUUUUAUGAAUUGGCACUCCAAGAUGAAAGUCAUUCUGUAACAGAUGAAGAUAUAUCAAUUGCACAAAAAUAUAUUAUGGAUCAAUUUGAUGCUAAAGUUGGUUUGAGUGAUCUUAGUUUUCAACCUUUAGAAACUGAAUGCCAUCGAGAUUAUAAAAAGAAAGAACUUGUGGAUAUAAGUUGUCAAAUUAAUGGGCUAAGUGGACAUACUGGUAAUCAGUCGUGUGGCGAUGCUACUGAACAAGAAUCUAAUCUUGAAACUGACGAUGAAACUGAAUAUUGGGAGUAUGAUAAAAUAACAGUUGAACGAGGCUCUGGUGGCCUAGGUUUCAGCAUUGCUGGUGGUGUGGAUUCAGAAUCAUUAGUUCUUGUGACUCGAGUUAGUCCAGAUAUUGGUCCAACUGGCCUUCGUGCUAAUGAUAUUAUUUUAAAAGUGAAUGAUCAGUCGUUGGAACACGUUCCACAUAGUUUUGCUGUAACUGCUCUUAAAAAUGCUGGAGAUGUUGUUACACUACAUGUAAAACGGCGCAAAAAGGAUGCAUUUGUUGAACCAGAAAAAUCGUAUACAGUUACAGAAAUUGAAUUAGAAAAAGAAGAUGGAGGUUUAGGCUUCACAAUAGCUGGAGGCGUUGGUAAUGUUCAUCUACCUGGAGAUAGUGGAGUUUAUGUUACAAAAAUUUUAGAAGGUGGUGCAGCUCAUAAAGAUAAUCGCAUGGAAGUAGGUGACAAAUUGAUAGCUGUUAAAAACACACUGAAUGGUGAUGUAGACUUAGAAAAUGUUACUCAUGAAGAAGCAGUUGCUGCACUUAAAGAAACUGGCGAUAAAGUCAUACUUGUCAUUGUAAAAGAAUCUCUUAGCAUGCGUUAUAUAAAACCAAAAACACCAAUUAAAUCCAGCAUUUCAUCAAAAUCAAGCAGUGAAAAUAUAUCAUUAAUGCUUGAAAAAGUAGCUACUAUUCGAAGGUCUGAUGAAGGAUUAGGAUUUAACAUAAUCGGGGGGGAAGAUAAAGAAGGUAUAUUUAUUUCUUAUGUGGCACCUGGUAGUCCAGCUGAUCAAAAUGGCAUUUUAGAACCAGGUGAUCGUAUUUUAAGUGUUAAUGCAAUUGACAUGCUAAAUGCCACUCAUGAUGAUGCUGCUAUAGCUUUAAAAGGCGACGGACCAAUUGUUACUAUUAUAGCUCAACAACGGCCAGAAGAAUAUCAUAGGCUCCAAAUUAAAUUAGCAGAUAUUAAAGAACAAUUAAUGAAAAAAGUUGUUGUGUCUUCAAGCACAUUACCAAGACCUUCUCAAAAAUUACAGUUAUUUGUCAGAGCUUUGUUUGAUUAUGAUCCAAACCGAGAUGAUGGCCUCCCAAGCCGUGGCAUAUCAUUUACAUAUGGUAGCAUUCUACACAUACUUAAUGCUAAUGAUGAUGAAUGGUGGCAAGCUAAGAAGUUGGUUCCAGCUGGUGAAGAGGAACGUAUUGGUAUUGUACCUUCAAAAAAGCGCUGGGAACGAAAACAAAAGUCAAGAGAUCGUACAGUUAAAUUUCAAGGACAUGUUCCAGUUCUUAUUGAUAAAACUUCCACUUUGGAAAAAAAAAAGAAAAAUUUUGCUUUAAGUCGAAUGUUUCCAUUCAUGCGUAGUAAAGCAGAUCGUUUGGAAUGUACUGGAACAGACCAAGAUCAUUAUAUGCUUUGUUACACUCACGAAGAUCCAACAUCUGAAGGUAUUAAUUUAAGCAGCAUAAGCAUAAUUGAACUACUUGUUGAAGAACCAAUUUUACCAUAUGAAUCUGUUAUUAAGAAAACAUUAAACUAUAGUCGCCCUGUCAUUGUAGUUGGAAUUUACAAAGACAAAAUAAAUGAUCAUUUAAUAUCAGAAUAUCCAGAAGAGUUUGGAUCAUGUGUUCCUCACACCUCAAGAGAAAUUCGGCAUGGGGAAGUUGAUGGUGUUCAUUAUCACUUUAUUAAAUCACGUGAACAAAUGGAGCGUGAUAUCAAAGAACAAUUAUUUAUUGAAGCUGGUCAGUUCAAUGAUAAUUUAUAUGGAACCUCUUUAGCUUCAGUCCAAGAAGUUGCUGAACAAAACAAACAUUGCAUUCUUGAUGUAAGCUCCAACGCUAUUAAACGUUUACAAGCAGCUGACCUGUAUCCUAUUACCAUAUUUAUUAAAGCAUCUUCUCUGGACUUUAUAAUGAAAAUAAGUGAUAAAAUGACCGAAGACCGUGCAAAAAAAAUCUAUGAUCAAGAAAUGAAAGUUGAACAAGAUUAUAAUGAAUAUUUAACAGCUAUUAUAAAAGGUGAUUCGUUUGAAGACAUUUUUGAAAAAGUAAAAAAUGUUAUUGAUGAACAUUCAGGACCUGAUGUGUGGUUACCAAAUAAAGAUCUCACUAUCUGA